GAACCGUCAGCGUACGUUCGUGCGCGCCGCGUAUAAAAAAGCAAAGUAAAUUGAGUCCGAUCUUAAUGAUGAUCAAUGAGAUUGACUCACGUGAUCUGAAAUGGAGGAAUUGGUCAAUACAGGCCAGUCAGACGUGGUUUGCCGACUGGCAUUUAAAUACAUGGAGAUGUGUAAAGUAGAUUCAAGUUCAGAUUCUGAAUCGGAGACAAAUCCAAGAUGGUCUGAUGUCAGCAGCAAGGGUUUUGAAGACAGCGCUACAGAGAAUUGGGCAGCUUGUAAGAAACUCCAGCGGUUGAGCAGAAUAAACUACCAACAGUGUCUGGAUCCCUAUGAUGGAAGUUCUGAAGACUCCUCCAGUUCCUCUAAUAAAGGUCCCAGGCGACAGAAGCACAACGGUUUAAGGAUGAAGGGCAGAGGACGCAGAUCAGCUGUCAACCUCCAAUGCGCGCGCAGAGAAAUGAAGGAAGUCGGAACGCAACAGGACCUCGCAGAAGAAGAGGUCACGAUGAGGUCAUCCAGUGACUCUGAGCUGGAGGUGAGCUUCUGUUCUCCCUGUAGGGCCGUAGCGUGUUUGAAAGUGGAGCUGUCUGAAUCUGGAUUUAACAGCAGAUCCUCGCUUAACUCACCUGUAGUACCGUCAGGUACGGAGACCACAGACACAAGAAUCCAAUUAGGAUCAUCUGAAAUAAGUCAUAGGUCUCCAGAGAGCCCUUCUUUCCAUGUUGCCUUUUCCAAAAGAAAGUUCUUCCCUCUGUCGGGUGACUGCGACGAGGGGAUGCAGCGCAAGCGGCCGUGCAUCAGUGAUAUGGAGGUUGAGAACUUUUGCUCUUUGAGGGAAUCUGAAGAUCACACUUAAAAGCAGAAAACUCAUCAGCAGCACAUUCAUGAGUUUUCCGCAGGCCUGCCUGUGACAAAAUUAAAGUCACUUUUCAUUUGUCCGAAAAGUUCAUUCAAAAAUACAAAGUGUAUUGUUUUUCAUUUGGAAAGUGACUAAGAAAUGAGAUUUAAGUGCUGUUUUCUGGGUUUUAUUUUCAUUUUGUGCUGUCAUGUCUCCUUUAAUGUUGCUCUACUACAGCAGUUCAUCUACAGAUGUCAUCGACAUCAAACCUUAACAUCUGUUGUGCACCACAGAAGAAAGCUAUGGAUUUAAACCCAAACGAUUCCUCAAUGACCAAACAGCACGAGCUUACUGAAGAAUUGUCUCGAGGUUAAAGUUUAAUGUCACGAGAGAGAGAGCCAACUCGUACACAAUCAAAAGUCUCGGUCUCAGUGUCAUGGAAAGUAUUUAAAAAUGGUUCACAGAAAUGUCAGUUGUGAAGAGUUUAUGGAAAUAAUUACAAUAAUAAUUACUUGAAGGAUUGUUUUCUUUUAAUUUAUUGUCUUUAUUAUUUGCUUGAGAAGCUGUCUUUAAUCUCUUCAAAUUCACUGAGAAUGGUAUUUGCGUUUAUCACCGGGUUGUAAAUAAAGCU